CACAAAUUAAUAUUAUAAAUAACCAAAUUUGGGGAUUGACAAUAGGCAACUUUACAUACUCCGUUCUGUAUGUACUGUCCAGCCUUUAAAGGAAGCUUUGGAAUUGACUGUUGUAUGAGAAAAAUAAUGACAGUGUAUGAAAAUUGAUUUGUAUGACGACCACCACCGCAGUAAUUGAACUUUGGUUGAGGUUAUGUUUUUGUUUAUUUACUUUGGGGCCCCUCGUAUUUUUGGUGUGUUAAACCAUGAGCUUCGGAUUAGUCCCGAGCAAGAGCACCGUUUAUGUGGGCAACUUGCCCUACCAAUUAAGGAAUAACGAUCUGCACAAAAUAUUCGAAAAGUACGGCAAAAUUGUAAAGGUGACCGUCGUGAAGGACAAACAGACGAGACGCAGCAAAGGUAUAGCUUUCGUUUUGUACCUGAACAAGGACGACGCCAGACGAUGCGUUCAAGAGACUAAUCAACAGGAGAUGUUUGGACGCGUGCUCAAGUCAAGCAUAGCAAAAGAUAACGGACGCAGUGUCGAGUUUAUACGUCGCAAGAAUUACCCCGAUAAAUCGUUUUGUUACGAGUGCGGCGAGACCGGUCACUUGAGCUACAAGUGCGAUAGGAACCUGUUGGGCGAACGUAAUCCGCCUCCGAAAAAGGUGCGCAAGAAAAAGGCCAAGGAGAAAGUGGCCGAAGAGGAGGAGGACGAAAUUGAUAAUGAUGACGAUUGUGAGACUUUAAGUGUCGCGAUUGCGAUGGAGCAAACUAAAUACGAGUCGUUGGACGAUAAAAAAAUCGAAGUUGUGCCAAGGAAGAGAAUUAAGCGAAGUAAUUACUUUAGUGACGAGGAGGAGAGCGAUUGAUUUAUGUAUUCUGCGAUAAAAGUUUCGUCUUUAUAAUAAACAUUUAUUUAUUUCGUUUCAAUAUAAUUUUAAGAACAAAA